AUGGAGGAGGAGGCGACCGUCGGUAUUGGCCCAGCAGGAGGGCCAAAUGCCCCCCGCCGAUGGCGUGCAAGCCGAGGAAAGCGAGUCGGGGUCGCGGGUGAAGCCAGCUGGGCCAGCAGUGUGAUCAACCUGGUCAAUACCAUCAUCGGAGCAGGCGUGCUGGCGAUGCCUCUAGCCAUUUCACAUAUGGGAAUUGCCCUCGGCGUCUGCGUGAUUCUGUGGUCGGGCGUUACCGCGGGGUUCGGCCUCUACCUCCAGUCGCGCUGUGCGCAGUAUCUCGACCGGGGCAGCGCCUCCUUCUUCGCGCUCUCGCAGCUAACAUACCCCAACGCUGCAGUCGUUUUUGACGCGGCCAUUGCCAUCAAAUGUUUCGGAGUCGGUGUGAGCUAUCUCAUCAUCAUCGGUGAUCUCAUGCCGGGCGUGGUUCAGGGCUUCAUAGGCGGCGAUCCCGCCUAUGACUUCUUGGUGGAUCGUCAUUUCUGGGUUACAGCUUUCAUGUUGAUUGUGAUCCCUCUCUCCUACCUACGCCGAUUGGAUUCCUUGAAGUACACUAGCAUCGCGGCGCUGGUGUCCAUGGCCUACUUGGUCGUUCUGGUUGUGUACCAUUUCAUCAAGGGAGAUACAAAGGCAGACCGGGGUCCGAUCCGCGGGAUCCAUUGGGCUGGCCCAGUACCGACCUUGAGCAGUCUUCCGGUCAUUGUUUUUGCAUUUACAUGCCAUCAAAAUAUGUUCUCUAUUCUCAACGAAAUCGGCAACAACAGCCACUUCCGCACGACCAGCGUGGUCCUCGCCAGCAUUGGUGGUGCAGCUGCAACUUACGUCCUCGUGGCCAUCACAGGAUAUCUCUCUUUCGGAAACAAUGUCGGUGGCAACAUUGUGGGCAUGUAUCCUCCAGGUGUGGCCGCCACCAUUGGUCGCGCCGCGAUUGUGAUGCUCGUCGUCUUCUCCUAUCCGCUUCAGUGCCACCCAUGCCGAGCUUCAGUCGACGCCGUCCUGAAAUGGCGGCCCAAGUCCAACGCCCCCAGAACUGAGGGCUCUCCGCACCGACACCCACUGCUGGGUCCACGCGGACACCGAGUCCCGGAGCCGAUGAGCGACCUCCGCUUCUCGAUCAUCACCACCACCAUCCUCAUCCUGAGCUAUAUCGUGGCUAUGACCGUGUCCUCACUGGAAGCCGUGCUUGCGUACGUGGGCAGCACUGGCAGCACGAGCAUCAGCUUUAUUCUCCCGGGAUUGUUCUACUACAAGAUCUCCUCCCCAGAUUCGCCCACCCACCGUGGCCUAAUGAAGGGCGACGACGAACCAGUCGAUGACCUGUCUGACGAAGGCGAGGAACCAGACGACAAUGGUGAGGGCUCUCUAUCCCGCUCACUGACGGAAAGCGGCCUACUCCGUCGUUCCACGCGUCAUUGGCGCAAGACACUCCUCCGCCCUCUUAGUCUGGCCCUGGCGUGUUACGGGCUUUUGGUCAUGGUGGUGUGUCUGAUUACGAACACAUUCUUCAUCGCCUCUCAUUGA